GUAUAUAUAUAGUUCAGAAUAUAAACAAUGAAAUGUGUAUUCACAUAAUUUGAGAGCAGAAAGAAGAUUGUUUUAUCUGAAUAUGGCAUGCAUUGACAGAGCAUCCCCUGCUCUGAAGCAAAUACUUCUCAAGUUGUAUCGUGAUUCUUCAUCACUUAUUUACAGUGCUGAGAAGUCCAUAGAGAUUGAUCAUCAUUUAUAUGAAUUUGGAUCAGUGGAAUACCAUAUUCAGUCUCAAGCCUCUAAUCCACUUGUGGCCUACUUAUCAUUAUCAAUACCUCCUCUUUGCCAUGGAACCCUACCAAAUACACUUUCUUCAUACACCAUUGAAAAGAUAAAGGGAAUUUGUCCUAACCUUGUGGAGAUUGAAGAACCUGCUAGAGAAGGAUUUCAGCUUACUUUGAAGCUUAACCUAGAUCACAUUCCAAGAAACAAAGACUAUGUCAAGGUCAUUGAGGAUAUUUCCACAAUUCAAUCAGUAAUUCUGAGUUCACAGCUGAAAGAAAUACUGUGGAAUGUGAAUUCUGAUGAUGCAGUUCAGGGGAUGUACAAACCAAUCAAAGUAGUUUAUCAUCCAAGAGAACCAUUCUUUGUCAUCAGGCAGCCACAGAAAAUCAUAGCAAUAUUCCCGAUCCGUUUCAAAGAAAACUCGGAUGUCAUUAUUGCGACAGCUUUCUUUCAGGAGCUCGUGGAUGUUGGAAAUUCAGAUAAAUGGAUAAAGACACCACCUUGCAGCUGGUCAGCCAUUCCUCCACCAGAGUUGAGAGGAGAAGCUUUUGAGGAUUUGAAUACCAAUGGAGGGUUUGUCUCUUUUGAAAUCUCUUCUCGGCAUGUUGAAGGCAAUAGGCUAGACAAAACUGUAUGGAAUCUAUUAAAUUUUAAUGCAAAUGUUAGAUAUCAUGUAAAGAGCACCAAAGGUUUCAUUCACAGAAGGAUGAGGAAACGUUUGGAAAAUUUGGUUCAGGUUCUGCACCAAACAAACUCAGAAGAAAAUGAACAAACCAAACAAGUGAAAAAACAUCAAGGGUGUAGGUAUACCAAGAAACUAGUAAAAUCAUCAAAACACACCAUGAAACAAAGAUGGCGCACCUUGGGAAGAAAAAUCAAGAGAAUACCUUUCCGACUUAAAAUUCACGGAUUUACACGAUUUCGUCAACGUUGGUUGAGGUUCCCAAAAUUUUCUUCAACAAAAUAUACAAAAUUAGAGUAGAUACUUUUGCAGUUAUUAUUUCUUAUGUAAUAUAUGGACUCCAACUAAGUGAGAUAGACCUGGAAUGUCUUAAGUGCACUAUUUGCUCAAGUGUAUUGUAUAUAGUUAUAAAAAAAAUUUAUCUGACUUUAAACUAUUUGAUUAUUGUAAACAAAAGAGAGGAUAUUCAUUCCUCAAGAAGUUGGUGUUCAUACUAUAAUGUUUGUUUGGCUUGAGUAUUUAGAAGUGUAACUCUGAAGAGUGAAUAUGC